AUUAUAGAAAUUAUAUUAAAAAGGAAAAACAGCUCCAUUCCCUUUUUGGGAAACUAUUAAUAAUUCAUCCUUCAUCUUUCAGUUUUAGCUCACAAAUCCUCUCUCUAUACUCAAUAUAUCCAACGAAGCAGCAAUGGAUAGACGCCGCAAGAAGCAAUCCAAGGCAGCAACUCCGCGCUCUGAAGAGGUAAGCAGUAUUGAAUGGGAGUUCAUAAACAUGUCCGAACAAGAAGAAGAUCUUAUUUAUAGAAUGUAUAAGCUUGUCGGAGACAGGUGGGCUUUGAUUGCUGGUCGGAUUCCAGGUCGGAAAGCUGAAGAAAUAGAAAGGUUUUGGAUAAUGAGGCAUGGUGAAGGGUUUGCCGGUCGACGAAAAGAGCUCAAGAAGUCCAAAUGUUAAUGUGUUCCUAUGGAUAUAUUAGGGAUAUUAAUCCUCCUCCUCCUCCUUCUUCUUCUUCUUGCAAAUGUGUGUAGGAGAAUGUUUCGUUGAGAUGAUGAUAUGAUUAUUAGUGAAUGAUUAAUGGGUUCAUCAUAUUUUUCUCUCUA